UCAUUAUCAUUGCUUUUUUUAGGGGCGUACACGUAGGCCUACGCCGACGGGCAGAACCUUGCUGGGAAGAUCUAAUUAAUUAGAUCUGGAUCUAGAUCUAGGACAAGCAAGAUCAAGAGGAGCCUCGUUAACAGUUCCAAUGGCGUCAACUAUUUCCCUUUCUUCUGUCAUUCAAUGGGAUUGCACAGGCUAAAAAGAGUCUAUAAAAUUUGAAAGACACACUAUAAUGGAAGGUACCCCAAGCCAGCUUGACCUGUUGAGUAGAUUCGUCUGCGUUGGAUCUGAAGACGGAACAUAUACAGUGACCACACAGAAAAAUAAGCAACAAAGUCACAGUAAGAGAAAGUCAACCUCUACAAUCCUAUUUUCUGCUGAAACAGAAAAACCAGAAGUUUUAAGUCCUUUCCUAGCAUCAACUGAGGAGAGUUUGAGGGCUCUUGACAAGCUAAGGAAAGUAUUUAAAAGAAAAUGGUACAUCAGUAAGGACCCUCUGCUUUCAUCCCUUGCAAGAAUUGUGCGUUCUUCGGUCCCCUCCAAUGAGAAAAAUCAUGAAAAUGAUGCAGUGAGAGAUCAAGCGUAUAAGCUUGCACUACAAGUUUGCGAGACUUCAAAGGAUCUUUUCACCUUUGUUAAUUUAGAUAAAUUCUAUGGGAAGCCCAAAGUAGACGGUAAAUGUAAAGUGGGAUGGGGGCGAGGUUUAAGGACUAUGAUUACAGAAUUUUAUGAGUCCAAGCCAGCGCUGAAGUUAGCUCGAGAAGUGAUGCACUGCAAGCAAGCUCUGGGAUUUACACACCGUGAUUUGAUCAGACAGUGUCACCUGCACCCCAGCAAAAAAGGCAGAGGCAGAGCUGAAGUAAUGAAUUACUUGGUGAAGGAUCAGCAGCUGGUAGACUCCAAGAUGGAAAUGGACGAAGAGGCUCAAGCAGUGAUGACCUUUCUCCAGGACGUGCACCAGCUGAAAGGAAACUUUGGAGACAACAAGGACAAAGUGCGCGUCCUGGUGGAGAAACACGGCCUGACCAGCCAGCAGGUGCCGCCCAACUGCCUGCAGUUCAAAGAGCUGUAUGAAGGUUUGCUGGGACACGAACCUCUCAAUGAGUUGGUACAGCACAUUCCCAAAAUGGCCAAUUUGCAGAUGUUGAAUGAAGAUUCCCCGCACGUGCGGAGAGUUACGGACCGACUGACGUCUGCUGAUGAGGCAGAACUCCAACAAUUGUCGCCAGCGCUUGUCCUGAAAGUAGAAAAGAAGUAUUCGGCAAGUAAGAAGAAAUGGAAGAAAAAUCAGGAUGUCGUCAAUGCUUUGCAGAGAGUGUACCAGGAUUCUCUUCGGGCUACCCCAAAACUGCUUUUGGGCAAGAAGUGUCUUCUUGCCUUGAACUUUGACCCAAGACACAAAGACGUUCGUGUCGAUGGUUUUACCGAGCUGAAAGUGAUCCACGUCUGUGCCCUUGUGACGGAAAUCAUGCUGCGUACUACUGAUUCCCUUCAAGUCGUUCACCUCACUGACGAAGUAGAGGCGGUCCCAGUGACAUCAUUGAUGAACCAUCGAAAGGUCACCGAGACCUUGAACAAGGCAGCUACUAAAAAUAAAGUGUUGGAGGCACAAAGACACUACGGUUUGGAAGGCUGCAUGUCCUGGGCAUCUGGCAAGCGGUUUGAUAACAUUCUCAUCGUAUGUGAAAAGAAAUCUAAAGCGCCACAUGGUCCUAGUCCCGUUCAUACAGCCAUUGCUGAAUUUCGCCGCAACGGUAACGCUGACACCAAGAUCGCCAUUGUGGGACUGGCAGAUACAGCGAAGAUGGGGAUGGCGAAUGACUUGAAUCUUCUGGAUGUGUCGGGAUUUGAUGAAACUGUUCCCGUCCUGCUCCAAAAAUUUUUCCAAGGGUAUUCGGAUGACUAGAUUUAUUUUCUUAUGUUCAUCAACUGUGUAUUGACGGCUUAGUGAAAGGCUCUGUGAUAUUCCACUGUUCAAAAUGGCGUAUGGUGGAGUCGUAACACUUAGCAAUAGAUAUUUAUUUAUGCAUGUUCUGAUUUGUAUUUUUUACAAUGUCUGAGUAAAUUUGUGCAUCAUGUACUUUUUUUUUUAGUAGAAGUGUUUACUCUUUCUGAUUUCUUUAUUGAGAUGCACAAUGAUCAUCCUGCAGAGAUGAAAACAGGCUUUAUAAAUAUGCAAUUUAUGAUGAUGAUGGUGAUGAUGAUGAUGAUGAUGAUGAUGAUGAUGAUUAUUGAACCUGUGCAAAUCUUUUAUGAAUUGAGAGAACAUACGUAACCGACUAGUAAUCGUGAGAUUUCUGGUUCGGGGGUUCGAGUGUCAAUUCAGCCCGACGUUGUGUUCUUGGGAAAGUCACUUUAUGUGAAUUUCGUCUCUUAAAUAACCUAAUGUGUUGAUAGGGGCGUAAAAUCACUACCAUUUCAUUUAUGAUGUUGUUGUAACCUUUGUCCAAUGGUUGGUUCAAGGCCACGGCUCCCAGGUUUUAUGACUUUCCAGGGGUUUAAGAUAAAGAAAGAAAAAAAAAA